AUGACGAAGGACACCAGCCUGCGUGUGCGCCUGCCGGUGCUGGUGUUUGUGUGCGAGGCCGUGUUCCUGGCCCUCUACGCCCUCUUCGUGACCUACGACGAGAGCGCCGACGCCAAGUUCCAGAACAACCUGACCGACCCCAUGCAGAACGCCCUGUACCGGGACUACCCCUACUUCACCGACGUGCAGGUGAUGAUCUUCAUCGGCUUCGGCUGCCUGCUGGCCUUCCUGCGCUUCUACGGCUUCGGCGGCAUGGUCUUCAACUUCCUGACGGCCACCUUCGCCAUCCAGUGGGCCACGCUGGUGCACGGCUACUUCCAGUUCUACUGGGACGGCAAGAUCCACCUGGGCGUGGUGAACCUGAUCAACGCCGAGUUCGCCUGCGCCGUGGUGCUCAUCUCCUUCGGGGCGGUGCUGGGCAAGGUCAGCCCCGUGCAGCUGCUGGUCAUGGCCCUGCUGGAGAUCCCCAUCUGGGCCGCCACCGAGUGGGCCGUGCUCAAGUACCUGCGGAUCAACGACGCCGGGGGCUCCAUCCUCAUCCACCUGUUCGCCUGCUACUUUGGCCUGGGGGCCACCUUCGUGCUGUACCGGCCGGCGCUCAACCAGGGCCACGCCAAGGAGGUGACCAGCUACACGUCGGACAUCCUGUCGGUGAUGGGCACGCUCUUCCUCUGGGUCUUCUGGCCGUCGUUCAACUCGGCGCUGACCUUCAAGGGCGACGACCAGCACCGGGCCAUCCUGCACACCUUCAUCGGCCUGAGCUCCUCCACGCUCACCGCCUUCGCGCUCUCCGCCGUCUUCAGCAAGCGGGGCAAGAUCACCAUGGCCGACGUGCAGAACGUGACGCUGGCGGGCGGCGUGACGGUGGGCGCCUCGGUGGACAUGAUGAUCACGCCGGCCGCCGCCUACGCGCUGGGCAUCAUGGGCUGCACGGCCUGCUUCCUGGGUUACAAGUACCUGACGCCCUUCCUGGCGCGCCGCCUCCGCAUCCAGGACCAGUGCGGCAUCCACAACCUGCACGGCCUCACCGGCCUCAUCUCCUGCACGGCGGGCAUCUGCGCCAUCCUGCUGGCCACCGAGGAGACCUACGGCCCCAGCAUGUACCAGAUCUUCGCCCACCGCGCGCCCAUGGAGGGAGACCCGAAGCUGGACGCGCUGCGGGAGCUGAUCCCGGGGCUGAAGGCCGGGCUGGGCCGCACCGCCGAGACGCAGGCCAUGUACCAGGUGGCUGCCAUCUUCGCCACCAUCGCCGCUGCGGCCGUCGGAGGCGUGGUGACCGGCUUCGUCAUGAAGCUGCCCUUCCUCGCGGCCUACCCGGACGACCUCUGCUUUGACGACGAGGUGUUCUUCGACGUGCCGGGUGAUUUUGAUAGCAUGAAGGCCGGUUUCAUGAAUGGGAUGAUAGAUGACAAGUUGGCUGAAGACAAGGUGUGAUUGAAUGUCAGUGUUACUACUCACAAUAUACAGAUUGUAAUGUGUCAAAAAAGGACUGGAGGCGGGGUGCACAACACUAUUUAGGUUAAGCACAAUACUUGACUGUUUUUUUUUAUUCUAUGUCCAUUUGAUAUUUUAUACCAGUAUCCACAGGAAUGUCAGGGAAUGAAUGGUGAGUUAUACACUGGAUCAUUUAAUGUUCUGCACAUCCAAUGACUUUUGAUAACUGGAAUUAUGUUUUUUUAGUGAUGUUCUAUUAUGUAACGUGUAGUUGACUCAGGUAGUGCAACAGAAAUGCCUACUAGAUUGAUACGUUUAUUUAUAGUUUAGUAAUAAAUAAUGAUUUACAAUUGUACUAUUUAUUUAUUGUUCAAAUCUGUGGAAUAGACAU